GGAGCGUCGGGAGCCAUUUUCGUGCGAAGAAUGCGAAGAAGUUUUGCGGAGCAGAACGACUGAGAGCAACGCUUUUCCACUUUUCUCAGCCAGAUUCGUAACGUUUCGGACAAAAACAGUUCUAUCGGAUAAAGUGAAAUGGAUAAAAUGAUUACAUAUAAAAAUAUUUUCAAACAUAAUAUAAAUGACAAGUAUAAAGUCAAAGGGCAUACACGGUUCAAAGUAUUGUAUAAUCGGAAGUUCACCGCACCUUUGAGGAAAAAACGGAAAAAUGAAUAUGAUGCUAAUGAAGAAGCUAGGUUAGAAAAAAUAGUUUUUGGUAAGCCUAGUGAUAUUAUAAAUAAUUUAUUAGAUGAUAAAUCUGAAAUGAAGACAAAAGAUGAACAUGUUGAUGUUUGUGAAAAGAUUAGAGAUGAUAAUAAGGAUGACAAGAUGAACAAUGAAGAUAGGGAGGAUGAAUCAGAUCAAAAUAUUUCAAUUUUAAAUCAUGGCAACAAUACAAAAACAGAGGAAAAGAAACCGGCAUGGAUAGACGAAGAUGAUUAUAUUUACACUGUAGAUUUGACUCUAAAUCCACAAAAUUACAAUUUACCAUGUGAGAGACCGGAAAAAUUAUAUGCAUCAUAUUUAAAGAACAGAUACAAAUUGUUCGUGGGUACUCCCAAAUGGGCUAAACUUAAAAGAAAAGAUGAAGCUGAUGACUUGGAUAGUGAUAUCUUGAAGCAUAGUUGCCAUUUAGAAGCACCAAAAAUAAAAAAUCUACCAAAAAAUGUUAUUGACAUCAAAGUGCUCAAAGCUUUGAAUAAGAGCACUCGCACAGAAGGUCCUAUUAUUACAAGUGUGGAAUUUCAUCCAUCAUCCACUGUGGCUCUGGUUGCUGGUACAUCAGGUAUCCUGUCCCUAUUUCAGGUGGAUGGCCAUACGAAUAAUAAAUUACAUAGCAUGCAAUUUAAAAAAUAUCCAAUUAGCAAAGCGACAUUCAUGAAGGAAGGAACAGAAAUUUUGCUUGGUUCCCAAUAUUAUCCGUAUUGUCAUACUUACGAUUUAAUGAAUGGCAAGACAUAUAAAUUGUCUUUGCCACACAGGAUUACAAAUAUGAAGCGUUACGAAGUAUCCCCUGAUGGAAAAUUAAUAGCAUUGUGCGGAAGAUUGGGCGAGAUAUAUUUGUUACACAGCUUUACUAAAGAACUUGUCGGUACAUUCAAAAUGAAUUCGAAAUGUAGGGUACUAGCAUUCACGCCAGAUGGUAAAACACUUAUCUCGCACGGUGAUGGCAGUGAAAUGUAUAUAUGGGAUUUGAAUACUCGCACGUGCAUCAAUCGUGCCUUAGAUGACGGAAGCUUAUCUUGUACAUCACUCGCCGUAUCUCCGAGUGGCCAAUUCGUAGCCACAGGUAGUGCACAGGGCGUAGUUAAUCUCUAUGAUAUGAAAACUGUGUUGGAGGAUCAAAGUCCCGCGCCUCUAAAAAUAUGGAUGAAUCUUGUGACUAGUGUUACAAGUCUGAAAUUUAAUCUGACCUCCGAGAUACUAAUUGCGGCGUCAGUUGACAAAUAUAACGCAUUUAGAAUGAUGCAUCUACCAUCGUUUACCGUAUUCUCAAAUUUUCCGACGCUUCAAACUAAUAUAGGCAUGCCGCAAACGAUUAAUUUUUCCCCCGGUAGUGGUUAUCUCAGCAUUUCGAAUAGAACGGGUUCUGCUUUACUGUACAGAUUGAGGCAUUAUGGAAAUUAUUAAU